CACUUAGUUAUCCGAGAAGCCACUGCUACUGCUCUUGGCUAGUAAGGCAGAUCUAGCAGCAGGGGUUCUCACUAGACACCGUGUUGAAAAUGAACUAACUAACUACAACUUGUGGCUGGGGACCGGAGACCUAAAGUGGAGUCACUGGAAUUGAAUUAUUUCUAAUAUCACUACCAAGUUACUGAGCCUUGGACAACAGAGAAAUUAUAUGUAACAAUGUCUAGUUAUAAGCCUGUAGCUAUUCAAACCUAUCCUAUACUUGGUGAGAAGAUCACACAAGAUACUGUGUACUGGAACAACUAUAAGACCCCUGUUCAGAUAAAGGAAUUUGGUGCAGUAUCAAAAGUAGACUUUUCUCCUCAGGCUCCAUAUAACUAUGCAGUAACAGCUUCCUCAAGAAUUCACAUUUAUGGUCGAUACUCCCAAGAACCUAUAAAAACCUUUUCGCGUUUUAAAGACACAGCAUACUGUGCUACUUUCCGACAGGAUGGUCAGUUGCUUGUGGCUGGAAGUGAAGAUGGUGUUGUUCAGCUUUUUGAUAUAAGUGGGAGGGCCCCACUUAGACAGUUUGAAGGCCAUACCAAAGCAGUUCAUACAGUGGAUUUUACAGCUGACAAAUACCAUGUGGUUUCUGGAGCUGAUGAUUAUACAGUUAAAUUAUGGGAUAUUCCAAACUCCAAAGAAAUUCUGACAUUCAAAGAACAUUCUGAUUACGUGAGGUGUGGAUGUGCUAGCAGACUGAACCCAGAUCUUUUUGUAACAGGGUCAUAUGAUCAUACUGUCAAGAUGUAUGAUGCACGAACGAAGGAAAGUGUCCUCUGUGUGGAGCAUGGGCAGCCAGUGGAGAGCGUCUUGCUUUUCCCUUCUGGAGGUCUUCUGGUGUCUUCAGGAGGUCGUUAUGUUAAAGUCUGGGACAUGUUAAAAGGAGGACAGUUGCUGGUAUCUUUGAAAAAUCAUCAUAAAACCGUGACGUGUCUGUGUCUGAGCAGCUCGGGUCAGAGGUUACUCUCUGGUUCACUAGAUAGGAAGGUGAAAGUGUACAGUACAACUUCCUACAAAGUAGUCCACAGUUUUGAUUAUGCUGCUUCAAUUUUGAGUCUCGCGCUUGCACACGAAGAUGAGACAAUAGUCGUGGGAAUGACCAAUGGAAUACUCAGUGUUAAACACCGGAAAUCUGAGACAAAGAAAGAAUCUUUUCCUAGGAGGAGAAGGCCUGCAUACCGUACCUUUAUUAAAGGAAAGAAUUACAUGAAGCAACGGGAUGACAUUUUGAUCAACAGGCCAACAAAGAAAAAACUAGAAUCAUAUGACAGAGACCUGAAAAAUUUUCGGGUCUCUCAGGCACUGGACAGAGUCCUUGAGCCUAAUUGUGUAAUAAAGACGCCCGAAGUCACAGUGUCCAUCAUAAAGGAGCUAAAUCGAAGAGGAGUCCUUGCAAACGCCCUGGCAGGGCGGGAUGAAAAGGAGAUCACGCGUGUGCUUAACUUUUUGAUAAGGAAUCUGUCUCAACCAAGAUUUGCCCCUGUUUUGAUUAAUGCUGCUGAGAUAAUUAUUGAUAUAUAUCUACCUGUGAUUGGGCAGUCACCAGUAGUUGAUAAGAAGUUUUUGAUACUUCAAGGACUUGUAGAAAAAGAGAUUGAUUACCAAAGAGAGCUCCUAGAAACCUUGGGGAUGAUGGACAUGCUUUUUGCCACCAUGACAAGGAAUGAAAGCACUUCUAUGUUGGGACAUCCAUCUGUUGAAUUUCUAGAAAACAAGGAGAUGGAAUCAUAGCUUUUGCUUAAAGAACUCCUAACUUGGAAUAGAUUUGACCCCAUUAACUAUUGGAAAGAAAAUCUGUUUUAUACAUUUAAAAGAGACUAUUUACAGAAGCAAUUUUAUGGAAGAGACUGGAAUAAUUGUGCUUGGAAAAUAAUUACCUGCUUUCAGACAUAGAUUUUCCAUGUAAUAAUUGAAUUAUUUUAUGGCAUCUUCAGCUAGAAGAUCUCAGUUGUCACGGUCACAGUGCCUAUCUAUUUUGGAUGAGUUGAUAAUGAUUUUAAUACAGCAAAGUUCUGUAUCCACACUUGGGUUAUGCAUUUAGAUGGGAUUUCAAUCAUGAAUCUCUGGAGAGAGUUCUAGCCGGGAAUCCUGCCAAAGCAAGGGCUUCUGGCUUGUUUUUUGUUGUUACUUCUGGCCUGGAAAGCAGCAACAGCAAACGGCAACAAGGAGACUCUUUCUGAGUUCACUGUCACCAGUGACUGCCCGGCUCUCUGUCUCUGAUAUCCCCGCCCUAGGUGUCAUGACUCCCGCUGGCAUGUGCAUUUGCUGGCGCUAGACUGUGGCUUUUCCAGUUGUGCCAAAUCACUGGUCAGCUCUACAUAACUGAUACUGGAUAAGUAUUUGGAAUCUGAUAGAGUAGCUUUGGGGCCCUCCAUCCCGUGCUUUUAGUCUCUCUCUCUCUCUCUCUCUCUCUCUCUCUCUCUCUC